AUGCCAUUCAAAAGACGGCACAUUCUCCUCCCUUCCUUCCACUUUUCAUUGUCGACCUCAGCAAUGCAGGCUUUACUACCAGCGACCGGCAAGAUGAUCGUGCCGAAGUGCAGCGCCAGCAAGAAAGACGGCCAUCGUGCAGCUGCCAAGAGAACAUACGGCAUCCGCAAUGACAUCCGUGAAGCGGCGAUGCAAUGCCACAAGACCAAGGUCUCCAAAUCCAAGCGGCUCCCGAAUCGACCUCGCAGCAGCACUCACAUCAUGUCGACCCGUGGAGUCACCACUCAACAGAGCCGCGACGCAGUCAUGGACACAGCAGAACUGUUCGAAGCCAUCCUCCUGCAACUCCCGCUUUCAGACCUGAUCACCUACCGCUCAGUCAACAAAACCUGGUUCCAAACAAUCCACAACUCCCCAAAACUCAUGCAAAAACUCUUCCUCUCCCCAACACCUGCCGACACCCACCCGCUCUGGAUCUACAACCACCACCACGCCACGCUGGCAACUUACAGCACCCGCAACGAAGACAUCCGCGCAAUCAAGACCGAGUCUCAAUUCAAAGCCUACGAACUCUGGCGCAAGCAGCACUUCAUGAUGCGCCCCUCCCUCCUCAACCCGAUCCUCCUCACAACAGACCCGCCUCACCUCCGCGGUCCCCUCCUCCGUCGCGCAAGUCUCUGUGAAAGCAUCCGCUUCCGCUUCGCUCCCGACUUGCGCAAACGCAGCAAGCCAAACAUUUACCACGAAAUGUACCUAACCCAACCCCCCGUGGAAGAAAUCCAAGUCCAAUUCUUCUACCACCUGGAUAAAUCCAACCGACGCGGCCGGCCGCUUACUACGGGUGCAGAAGGUUUGGUGGUGAAGAGGCCCGGGGGUGUUAGGUUUAGGGAUUUGCUCAUGGAGUUUGUGGAUCAUGUUGAGGCGGUGUCGGUGUUGUUGCCGAGUAGUGGGUAUCAUGUUGAGUGUAGGCCGGAGAAGAGGUACAAGAGUGUGGUGUAUUUGCUGGGUGCGGUGUUUGCGGAUGAGGGGGAGGUGGAGAGUGUUGAGGGGGUGCAGGAGGGAAAGGGGAUUAGUCCGAUGGUGGGGAGGUUGAUGAGAAGGGAUGGGGUUGUUGGGGUGGGAGUGGUCGAGGGAGGAUGA